CGCUGAACCAGCUGAACUGGGAACAUUCAGUGACUCUACUGUAAACCUAAUGUUGUCUGAAGUAAAUUUCGGCUACAAAUGCAGCGAAAGAGUGGGCCAAUAGACGAAAAGGACAGGCAGGAGGACAAGUACUUCGUCUGCGAUGUGUGCAACAUGAGGGAGAAGUACCAUGUCGAAACCGAUGCUAUCAAACGCCUAGAGCUUCGGUUCCUCGAGAAGGUGUACCUGAUCAAAGACGGCACCGGCGAAGAUAUCGGGGGCUUCGCCGUCGGUUCACACUGCUCGGAGUGCGACAGGUGCGUCUGUCUCAGCUCCGAAUGUAGCGUCUUCUACACGCGCCGAUUCUGCAAGGACUGCUUUUUAAGUAGGAGCCGGCAGUUUCCGCCUCAAAUCGGGCAGAUAUUUCAAGGGUCUGCAAUGAAGGCGUCCAACCUGGCGUGAGCCCCUUCCACGAGCCACGAAUUUCUCGUCCCUGGGAGAGCUUGUUUCGACCAAAACGUCGUCAACGAGGUGGUUUUGUGCGAAGCUCGUCAUAAUAAAAGUUCCUCCAGAAUCGGCGUUCUCAGGAUUGUGACAUCGA